AUGACUGAAUAUUUGGAAUAUAUACAAAUUGGUGUAGUUCUAAAAUCACCCAAACCAAUAAAUCAUAAUUAUCAAUAUAUUUUAAAAUGUGUACAUGAUCAAUAUUUUGAGCUGGAGGAAUCAUUUAUGCUACCCUGCAUUAUCCAUUGUGAUGCAGUGGUAUGUGGUGGUGGAGGUAAUGUGGAGGACUCCGAUGAAAAACCGGAAAUUAGUUAUGCCAUUGAAAGUAAUAUUGAAGAUGACGGUGAACUUCGUGCUGAUGAGGAUGUGAAGUUUGAAGAUGCACAGAAAGGCCAAAAUAUGCGAGAAGGAAAAGACCCAUUAAACCUCAUUGUUAGUAAGCCAUUUGACUCUGAGCCUGAAGAUGAUAAAGUAACACUGGAAAAACAACCGUCUAUGGAAUUUCUAGAUGAUGAUGUAAAGGAACCCAAAGAAGAGGAAGACAAUGAAGAUGAAUUGAAUAAUGAAAUGGAAAUUGGGAAUAUUGAAUAUGAUAAUGAGUCGACGGCCUCUGAAGAUAAUACCCCUUCAAUCAGCGCAUUUAUUCAAAACUUCAUCAAGUCACAAGAAAAUCUAAUAUUAUUUAUUGAAUUAUAUAAACAACAAGAUGGACUGUGGAAUCCGAAUGUUAAAACGAAAAACCUAAAGAAAUCCAAAGAAAUGUAUUUGAAAGAAAUGAGAAAAGAUUUGAAGAAUCAAUACCAAAUUGAUAUGACAAUAAUACAAAUUGAAAAAAUCAUAAAAUAUUUACAUCGACGAUACCAACGUUCACAGGAAGCAUCCAAAAUGGAUGAAAAUCCAUUAAAUAAACGCAAAGAGGCAAUUGAAGAAAUGCUACAAACUGUCAACGCCGAAUUGAAUUGGGGUAUUGAUGAAGAUCAAUUAAAGGACUAUUUGCAAUUUAUACACCAGAAAUUUUCGAAAGAGAAACGUUUAGAUAUUAAAAAUGAGAAUUGCUCUCAGGCGAACAACAAAAAACACGUUUCAUACUAUAAACAUAUGUUGUUUCUUUAUGAUCAUGUGGGACCCUUUAAAUGUCCUCAAUGCAAUACGGAAAAUAAGAACGCCCAAAGUUAUAAAAUACACAAAUCCCAACAUGAUGGUUCCAUGCCGAUGAAAUGUUCCCUAUGCCAGAAAGAAUUUAAAGUCGUCAGCACCUAUGUUUUACAUGCCCGUCGUCACAUGAACGAUUUGGAGGAUGUUUGUCAGGAAUGUGGUAAAAAAUUCAUUAAUUCAUAUGAUCUGCGGAUACAUAUGCGUUCGCAUACGGGUUCCAAACCAUUUUGUUGUGAAAUUUGCGGUGUAUCUUUUCGUCAUCUGCAAACGUUUACCUGUCACAAAAGACGUCACGAGAAGAACUAUUUACAUCAUUGUCCGACAUGUUCGAAGGGAUUCUAUAGCAAAGGUAAACUGGAUGAUCAUAUCCGGUCGCAUAAACAAAUACGGGAAUUUAAAUGUGAAACAUGUGGUAAGGCUUUCAUUACGAAAAAGACAUUACAGCAGCAUCUUGUGACGCAUGAAGAUAUAAGGAAAUUUGCGUGUUCGCUGUGUGGUAAAAGUUUUAAAUUGAAAAUUGGCCUUCAUCAACAUAUGAGAACGCAUGGUAAUCAAAGAUAUGAACGACCCGAGGAGGUGGUAUAA